AUGCAACAACCAGGCCGGCUCAGGCUGAGGCCGUGGCUGGAAGAGCAGAUUGAGUCUGGCAGGUAUCCAGGAGUCAGCUGGCUGGACCAGUCAGCACAAAUCUUCCAAAUCCCGUGGAUUCACGCCGCUCGUCAUGGAUGGAGUAUUGACAGAGAUGCCACACUGUUCAGGAGUUGGGCCGUGCAUACUGGCCGAUACCGCCCAGGCAAGGACCAGCCAGAUCCCAAGACGUGGAAGGCAAACUUCCGCUGCGCCGUGAAUUCCCUCCCUGACAUUUGUGAGCUGCGGAAGCACAGCAAGAAGAGGGGCAGCAAUGCCUACCGAGUCUACAGGAUGCUGCCCAGCACCAAGGCCCACAGGCGCACGAGAGGGUUGCGGUUGCUCAGCCGGCCUCGAGAGAGACAGGCGGGUUCGGGCGAAGACGCAGGCGCGGCGCGUCCUUGUCCCGCCGCGACGAGACCCGUCCCGGGGGGCGCGGCACAGGAGCUGGACGGCCCUGCACAAGACCCGCUGGGCAGCGAGCAGACCUUCGGGACCUGGGGGCCCAAACCGGAGGACCAGGAGCAGAGCGAGGCCGCGUUCAAGUUGAUGGAACACUUGAGCAACGGUGACGUGUGGAACCAGGCCGGGGAGCAGAGAGGAUGGAGAACACACCCGCUGUGGGACCACUGGCACUGUGCUGGUGAAGAUAACCUGUACUCCAUGCACACAGAGAACUACAGUGAUCUGUCGGGGUCGAGCUACAUCAAGGAGCUCCCCGAUUGGUCCAUUCACUAGAAACCACCGCUGCAUUAGCUGGAUGCGUCAUCCUGCUGUUUGUGUUACUGUCACCACAACACUCCAUUUCGAAGCUUCUUGGGUUUUUUUUUUCCCUCAACAUUCAGCUGAUUUCUCCCUGCCUCCCGUCUGCUUAGCUGACCGCUGAAAGAGGGGAAACGAGAGAGGCGGAACAUCGCUGUGAGUCAGUCGCCGGCCGUCCUCUCUGCUGAGCACGCUGUGAUUCGGAUCCUGUUCCAAGCCAAGCUUCUUCUUCUGUCACCCUCACCGGGGGUUCACUGAGGUUCAGUGCCGCUCACGCAACAGCUGACAAGAGUCAACAGAUCUCAUUUCGCUUUAGUGCAGGAUCAGUCGUUCUGCUCUUUUGUUCGCCAUCGUACAGUUCAAGAAGGGCGGAGCAGCAAAAUGUAUACUCAAGUUUUCAUGUGGUGCAGUUUGUUUUGUGGGGGUUUUGUACCUGUUUCCCUAAAUAUGUGUGUGUAUAUA